UCGAGGCGGCGAUGCGGGGCCGGGGGCGUCUGCCUCGGCGGCUGCUGCUGCUGCUGGCGCUGUGGGUGCAGGCGGCGCGGCCCAUGGGCUAUUUCGAGCUGCGGCUGAGCGCGCUGCGGAACGCGAACGGAGAGCUGCUGAGCGGCGCCUGCUGUGACGGCGACGGGCGGACGGCGCGCGCGGGGGGCUGCGGCCGCGACGAGUGCGACACGUAUGUGCGCGUGUGCCUGAAGGAGUACCAGGCCAAGGUGACGCCCACGGGGCCCUGCAGCUACGGCCACGGCGCCACGCCCGUGCUGGGCGGCAACUCCUUCUACCUGCCGCCGGCGGGCGCUGCGGGGGACCGAGCGCGCGCGCGGCCGCGGGCCGGCGGCCCCCGGGACCCGGGCCUCGUCGUCAUCCCCUUCCAGUUCGCCUGGCCGCGCUCCUUCACGCUCAUCGUAGAGGCCUGGGACUGGGACAACGACACCACUCCAGACGAGGACCUGCUGAUCGAGCGUGUGUCCCAUGCCGGCAUGAUCAACCCGGAGGACCGCUGGAAGAGCCUGCACUUCAGUGGCCACGUGGCUCACCUGGAGCUGCAGAUCCGGGUGCGCUGUGACGAGAACUACUACAGUGCCACCUGCAACAAGUUCUGCAGGCCCCGCAAUGACUUCUUCGGCCACUACACCUGUGACCAGUACGGCAACAAGGCCUGCAUGGACGGCUGGAUGGGCAAGGAGUGCAAGGAAGCCGUGUGUAAACAAGGAUGUAAUUUGCUCCAUGGGGGAUGCUCCGUGCCUGGGGAGUGCAGGUGCAGCUACGGCUGGCAGGGCAAGUUCUGUGAUGAGUGUGUCCCGUACCCAGGCUGCCUGCACGGCAGCUGUGUGGAGCCCUGGCACUGUGACUGUGAGACCAACUGGGGUGGCCUGCUCUGUGACAAAGACCUGAACUACUGUGGCAGCCACCACCCCUGUGUCAAUGGGGGGACCUGCAUCAACGCAGAGCCCGACCAGUACCACUGCGCCUGCCCAGAUGGCUACUCCGGCAAGAACUGCGAGCGAGCGGAGCACGCCUGUGCCUCUAACCCGUGUGCCAACGGGGGCUCUUGUCACGAGGCGCCGUCCGGCUUCGAGUGCCACUGCCCGCCAGGCUGGAGCGGGCCCACCUGCGCGCUUGACAUCGACGAGUGUGCUUCCAACCCUUGUGCGGCCGGUGGCACCUGCGUGGACCAGGUGGAUGGCUUCGAGUGCAUCUGCCCUGAGCAGUGGGUAGGCGCCACCUGCCAGCUGGACGCCAAUGAGUGCGAAGGGAAGCCGUGCCUUAAUGCUUUGUCUUGCAAAAACCUGAUUGGCGGCUAUUACUGUGAUUGCCUCCCGGGCUGGAAGGGCAUCGACUGCCACAUCAACAUCAAUGACUGUCGUGGGCAGUGUCGGCACGGUGGCACCUGCAAGGACCUGGUCAAUGGCUACCAAUGCGUAUGUCCCCCCGGCUUUGGAGGCCGGCACUGCGAGCUGGAGCAGGGUGGCUGUGCCAGCAGCCCCUGCCACGGCGGGGGCGUGUGUGAAGACCUGCAGGAGGGCUUCCGCUGCCGCUGUCCCCGGGGUCUCUCUGGACCGCUCUGUGAGGUCAACGUGGACUUCUGUGAGCCAAGCCCCUGUCUAAAUGGUGCUCACUGCUACAGCCUGGAGGGGGACUACUACUGUGCCUGCCCUGAGGACUUCGGUGGCAAGAACUGCUCGUUGCCCAGGGAGCCCUGUCCGGGUGGGGCCUGCAGAGUGAUUGACGGUUGCGGGGUUGAGGUGGGGUCUGGGGUGUCUGGCGUGGCCCCCACCAGCGUGUGUGGCCCCCACGGACACUGUGUCAGCCAGCCUGGGGGAAACUUCUCCUGCGUCUGUGACAGUGGCUUCACGGGCACCUACUGCCAUGAGAACAUCGAUGACUGUCUGGGCCAGCCCUGCCACAAUGGGGGCACGUGCAUUGACGAGGUGGAUUCCUUCCGCUGCUUCUGCCCCAGCGGCUGGGAAGGCGAGCUCUGUGAUACCAAUCCCAACGACUGCCUCCCUGACCCCUGCCACAGCCGCGGCCGCUGCUACGACCUGGUCAAUGACUUCUACUGCGCCUGCCACGAUGGCUGGAAGGGGAAGACCUGCCACUCCCGUGAGUUCCAGUGCGAUGCCUACACCUGCAGCAACGGAGGCACGUGCUAUGACAGCGGGGACGCCUUCCGCUGUGCCUGCCCGCCCGGCUGGAAGGGCAGCACCUGCACCGUCGCCAAGAACAGCAGCUGCCUGCCCAACCCCUGUGAGAAUGGUGGCACCUGUGUGGGCAGCGGCGACUCCUUCUCCUGCAUCUGCCGGGACGGUUGGGAGGGCCGCACCUGCACUCACAACACCAACGACUGCAACCCACUUCCUUGCUACAACGGCGGCAUCUGCGUGGACGGCGUUAACUGGUUCCGCUGCGAGUGUGCACCCGGCUUUGCCGGUCCCGACUGCCGCAUCAACAUGGAUGAGUGCCAGUCCUCACCCUGCGCCUACGGGGCCACCUGUGUGGACGAAAUCAACGGGUACCGCUGCAGCUGCCCUCCGGGCCGCACCGGCUCCCGGUGCCAGGAUGUGGUGGAGUUCGGGAGGUCCUGCUGGUCCCGGGGCGUGCCCUUCCUGCACGGGAGCUCCUGGGUGGAAGACUGUAAUAGCUGCCGCUGCCAUGACGGCCAUCGGGAUUGCAGCAAGGUGUGGUGUGGGUGGAAGCCGUGUCUACUGUCCAGCCAGCCUGACUCCCUGAGUGCCCAGUGCCCACCAGGACAGCAGUGUCAGGAGAAGUCCCCGGGCCAGUGCCUGCAGCCCCCCUGUGAGGCCUGGGGGGAAUGCCGGGCAGAGGAGCCCCUGCCACCCAGCACCCUCUGCCUGCCACGCUCCGGGCACCUGGACAACAACUGUGCACGCCUCACACUGCGCUUCAACCGAGACCAAGUGCCCCAGGGCACCACCGUGGGUUCCAUCUGCUCUGGAAUCCGCUCUCUGCCAGCCACGAGAGCCGUGGCCCGAGACCGCCUGCUGCUGCUGCUCUGUGACCAGACCUCCUCGGGAGCCAGUGCUGUGGAGGUGGCUGUGUCCUUCAGCCCUGCAAGGGACCUGCCGGACAGCAGUCUGAUUCAGAGCGCAGCCCACGCCAUCGUGGCCGCCAUCACCCAGCGUGGGAACAGCUCACUGCUACUGGCCGUCACUGAGGUCAAGGUGGAGACGGUGGUCAUGGAUGGCUCGUCCACAGGCCUGCUGGUGCCCAUGUUGUGCAGUGUGUUCAGUGUGCUUUGGCUGACCUGUGUGGUCAUCUGUGUGUGGUGGACGCGAAAACGCAGGAAAGAACGGGAGAGGAGCCGGCUGCCGCGGGAUGAAAGCACCAACAACCAGUGGGCCCCGCUCAACCCCAUCCGCAACCCCAUUGAGCGGCCGGGAGGCAGCGGCCCCAGCGGUGGCCACAAGGAUGUGCUCUUCCAGUGCAAGAACUUCACACCACCGCCACGCAGGGCGGGCGAGGUGCUGCCCGGACCAGGGGCCCACGGGGGUAGCGGGGAGGACGAGGAUGAGGAGCUGGGCCGCGAAGAGGAGGACUCCCCGGAGGCAGAGAAGUUCCUCUCACGUAAAUUCACCAAAGACCCCAGCUGCCCUUCGGGGCGGUCAGCCCGUUGGGUGGCCUCGGGGCCCAAAGUGGACAACCGCGCGGUCAGGAGCGCCAAGGAUGUGCAGUAUGCCGGCAAGGAGUAAGAGCGCAGCUGCCCGCUGGGCGGGGACCGGGAGCCCUUGCCAGCCCACACCCGCUGGACCGUAGGAGGCUGAGGCCGUGUGCAUAGUUUCUUUAUUUUGUGUAAAAAAAAAACCCACCAAAAACAAAAAACAAAUGUUUAUUUUCUACGUUUCUUUAACCUUGUAUAAGUUAUUCAAUAACUGUCAGGCAGAAAACAAUGGAGUAUUCUAGGAUUGUUGCUAUUUUUGUAAAGUUUCUGUGUGUUACAAGUGAUGUGGCAGGCGGGUGAAGCGAGUCUGUGUUCUCACCAGAUCGUGUAACGUUUGUUACCAGAGGUUGUGCUGUUUACAGAAUCUUCAUUCUUAUUCCUCACCUGGGUUUCUCUGUGGCUCCAGGCCAAAGAGCUGACGAGACCUGUGGCUAUGUGUGGCCUGUGGAUCUCAGUGGGACCUGUGGCUGACAAGCGUGGCCUGUGGUAGCCUGUGGAUCUCAGUGGGACCUGUGGCCAAUAAGUGUGGCCUGUGGUGGCCGGUGUGGCCUGUGGAUCUCAGUGGGACCUGUGGCUGACAAGCAUGGCCUGUGUUGGCCAGUGUGGCCUGUGGAUCUCAGUGGGACCUGUGGCUGACAAGCAUGGCUUGUGGUGGCUGGUGUGGCUUGUGGAUCUCAGUGGGACCUGUGGCUGACAAGCGUGGCCUGUGGUGGCCAGUGUGGCCUGUGGAUCUCAGUGGGACCUGUGGCUGACAAGCGUGGCCUGUGGUGGUUGGUGUGGCUUGUGGAUCUCAGUGGGACCUGUGGCUGACAAGUGUGGCCUGUGGUGGCCAGUGUGGCCUGUGGAUCUCAGUGGGACCUGUGUCCGACAAGUGUGGCCUGAGGCAGUCGGUGGGACCCAUGGCUGUGGUGGGACCCGUGUUUGUCAGUGGGACCUGAGGUGGUCGUUGACGUGGCCCACGGUGUGGCCUUGGUUGUUGGUAUGGCCCGUGGCUGUUGGUGGCGCUUGUGGUUAUCAGUGGGGCUGGAGGUCACCUGCAUGGCCUGAGGCUGGCAGGCAGACCUGGACUGCCUGCUCCCAUCCCUCCAACCUGCCGUCCUUGUUCCUCCUGCCCAGAACUCUCCAGAGAUCUCCCAACUGUGCUUCAGAAGUGCCCUUCCUGACUGCUCAGUUUCCCCUCCUGGAACGGCAGUAUUGAAGCUUGUGACAAGUGCCUUCGCACCCCGCAGCUGGCCGCGUUGGCCGCGGCCGCCUCCUCGUGAAAGUGCUUUCUGUAAAUGUGUACAUAUUAAAUGAAUACUCUGUAUAUUUGACU